CGUAGGUUCUUGGGCUGGAGAAUUCGCGGCGAUGGCGACGACGGCUCGGUGCUGGAAGAGGACGCAGUGAAGCUGGCCUCGGCUCGGAUAUGACUAAUACUUAUUUGAUCGAGGUAUAUUUGCUGCUUAGCAAUUGCACGGGGUUCGGGUGAAUCUUUGGCUUCCAACUUCUCAUCACUGCUUUCGCUGAUUUCCAUGCCUUACCUGUGAGAGUUUCAAUAGAGGAUCAUCGGGACGAUCCGUUUCCCGUUAUUGAUUGUCUGUGACUGGUCCAGGCGGGAUCUCCUCGUCGGGUGACCCGCACUCCUUCACAGGGGCCAUGGAGGAGGAGGGGCAGCAGAGCUUGGUGUGCAUCCAGGCCAAUCAGAUCUUCCCCAAGAAGUCCCCCGUUCUAGAGGAAGAAAACAUGCAGGUGCCCUUUCCUGAGCUGCAUGGCGAGUUCACAGCGUACGUGGGGCGAGCAGAGGAUGCCAUCAUCGCAAUAUCCAACUACCGCCUACACAUCAAGUUCAAAGAGUCCGUCGUCAACGUUCCUCUUCAGCUCAUCGAGAACGUGGAGUGUCGGGACAUGUUCCAGCUUCAUGUCACCUGUAAGGACUGUAAAGUCGUCAGGUGUCAGUUCUCCACCUUUGAGCAGUGUCAGGAAUGGUUGAAGCGCCUGAACGCUGUUGUGCGCCCUCCCUCUCGCCUGGAGGACCUCUUCUCCUUCGCCUUCCACGCCUGGUGCAUGGGGGUGUACGCUGGCGAGAAGGAGCAGCACAGCGAGCUGUGCAGACCAGGGGAACACGUGACCUCCUGGUUCAAGAACGAGGUGGAGAGGAUGGGCUUUGACACACAAAACGCCUGGAGGAUAUCUGACAUCAACAGCAAGUUCAGGCUCUGCCCCAGCUACCCUCAGCAGCUGUUGGUGCCCGCCUGGAUCACUGACAAGGAGCUGGAAAAUGUGGCGGCCUUCCGCUCCUGGAAGAGGUUUCCUGCUGUGGUUUAUAGGCACCAGACCACUGGAGCGGUGAUCGCCCGCUGCGGUCAGCCAGAGGUCAGCUGGUGGGGAUGGAGGAACGCUGAUGACGAGCACCUGGUCCAGUCCAUCGCCAAGGCCUGCGCCACGGACAGCAGCGCCCGCAAACACCUUUCCAACGGCGGCUACACCAACGGCACGGACCUGCCCGACACAGACUUUGAAUCCUCCAUGACCAACAGCUCGGAGGUGGAGACUUUGACCCAGCCGCACAAGCUACUGAUCCUGGACGCCAGGUCCUACGCUGCUGCCGUGGCCAACCGGGCCAAAGGCGGAGGCUGCGAAUGCCCGGAGUACUAUCCCAACUGUGAGGUGGUGUUCAUGGGGAUGGCCAACAUCCACUCCAUCCGCAAGAGUUUCCAGUCUCUGCGUUUCCUCUGCACUCAGAUGCCCGAUCCAGCCAACUGGCUUUCUGCACUGGAGAGCACCAAGUGGCUGCAGCACCUGUCUCUGCUGCUGAAGGCGGCGCUGCUCGUGGUCAACGCCGUGGACAGAGACCACCGGCCCGUACUGGUGCACUGCUCCGACGGCUGGGACCGCACUCCUCAGAUCGUGGCUUUGUCCAAGCUGCUGCUGGACCCUUACUACCGCACCAUAGAGGGCUUCCAGGUUUUGGUGGAGACCGAUUGGCUUGACUUUGGCCACAAAUUCGGCGACCGUUGCGGCCACGGAGAAAACUCUGAGGACCUGAACGAGCGCUGCCCCGUCUUCCUGCAGUGGCUGGACUGCGUCCACCAGCUGCAGAGGCAGUUUCCGUGCUCCUUUGAGUUCAACGAGGCCUUCCUGGUGAAACUGGUGCAGCACACCUACUCCUGUCUGUUCGGCACCUUCCUGUUUAACAGCGGCAAGGAGAGGGAAGACCGCCACGUUCAGGAGCGCACCUGCUCCGUCUGGUCACUGCUGAGGCCGGCCAACCGCACGCUGAGGAACAUGCUGUACUCUUCGCACUCCGAGAUAGUUCUCCACCCAGUGUGUCACGUACGCAACCUGAUGCUGUGGACAGCGGUAUACCUGCCCAGCUCCUCCCCCACUACCCCGUCGGAUGACUCAUGCGCCCCCUACCCUGUUCCGGGGGGCAACCCCGAGGAUGCGCCCCUGGGCAGACGUCCAAAGACUCGCUCGUUCGAGAACUUGCCCAGUGCAUGUGAGCUGGGAAGCUCUCUGGCUCCGAACCGCCGCUCCAGCGACCCGAGCCUCAAUGAGAAGUGGCAAGACCACCGGCGCUCCCUGGAGCUCAACAUGGCAGUGGGCCCCGAGGGAGGGGGGAACCCGGAUCAGGAGGCGCGGCCUAACGGAGUGGGACCUUACCCAGGUGGAGUGGACCUCGAACUGGAAGAGAGCCCGCAGCCCCGGGGCCCCCACGCCGAGCUCGCUCAAGACGCCUCUGUGAGCACAGCAGCUGGAGGUCAGGAAGCGGAGGAGGCGGAUCUCUCUGUGGUGGUGGCCGUGGCAGAGGGCCAAAUGGAGAACAUCCUUAAGGAAGCCACAAAGGAGGAGGCGGCAGCAGCUGUUCAGAGAGAGGCAAGUGCGGCUGCCACACGUGUCACUGACACAGUCGACGCAGAGUCAGAGAAAGUAGCAAAAGGUGAAGAGGACAGUCCGUGUGCUGAGGUCAACGGGACUGACGCGCAGAGAGAAGCCAUCGCUAAUGGUCACCAUUCGCUAAAUGGAGGAGUGGAGGCUGAGGAGGACGCUGCGUCUCCCCCUCUGCCCGCACAGAUGCCCGGCGAGCCGGAUCAACGAGCAGCUGAGGUCACCCAGGCCCCCGAGGAUCUGGAGCAGCAGAACUCUUCUGUACACGAGGAGCUCCGACCCUGUGACUCCCGCUCAGAUGAGCCAGACGAGCCCGCGGCCCACAGAACUCUAACUAACGGCUUCGUCGACAGGUCGCCUGAGGAGCCAGACGCUGAUGAGGAGACAUGCCCGGCCUCUGAACCCGACCAUGCCGUCUCCGGGGCGGUGGAGCAGUUGGACAAGAGGCCCUCCCUGAUGGAAAGCUCCACGGAGACAUUAACCGAAGAGGUCUGCGGCAUAACGGAGCCGCCGGCACAGCCGCCCGUUUGCCCGGCUUGCCCGGCUUGCCCGGCUUGCCAGCCCUGCAGCGAUCCGCCGCCCUGCCCCAGGAAGGAGAAAGGCCUGGAGGCAGGCGAGCUCGGCUUCAUCAGAACUUUAAACGGGGCCACCAGGCGACCCUCCGCCAGUGCCUUUCAAUCUGUGAGUGCUGACCUCAGCAGGGACGGGCUCUGCGACAGCGAGAGCUCCGACGGGGAGCCCUGCGGAGGACACCACUGGACCAAAGUGAACGGGGAGAGGGUCUCCCUGAGUCGACAGGUGUCCUUAGCGAGCUGCAACUCCCUGAUCCUGCAUCCACGUGGGAACUGCUCCCAGCACCGCUGGUGCCACGCCUUGCUGGGCCGGGCCGCCAUCAGCCCCGAGCAGCCGUCCCGCAGCCACCUCGAUGACGACGGGCUGACGCUGCACACAGACGUCAUCCAGCAGAGGCUGAGGCAGAUCGAGGCGGGACACCAGAUGGAGGUGGAGAAUCUGAAGAAGCAGGUGCAGGAGCUGUGGAGCCGCCUGGAGAACCAGCAGCACACCGGCUUCCACAGGACCAACGGAGACACGGGAGACGAAGCGACCUUGUCGACGGACUCCGAGUGCAACCUGGACCCCAACUGUCUGUCGCGCUGCAGCACGGAGCUUUUCUCCGAGACCAGCUGGGAGCAGGUGGACAAGCAGGACACUGAGGUGACCCGCUGGUACCCCGACCACUUGGCGGCCCAGUGUUACGGCUGUGAGAGCAGGUUCUGGCUUGUCGCCAGGAAGCAUCACUGCAGUGGCAGGGAGCCUGUCCAGGAGGUCUGGAACUGCGGUAACGUGUUCUGUGCCAGCUGUUGCGACCAGAAGCUCCCGGUGCCGAGCCAGCAGCUGUUUGAGCCCAGCCGCGUCUGUAAGACCUGCUACGGUAGCCUCAAGCUAAGCCCCGCCCCCCUGGAGCUGGAGAAACCCAUCACCACCAGCUCCGACUGAGCCUCACAGCAGGAUGGAUGGAUGCGCCCUGCUGAAGAAUCGCACAGGAGCUACACAGAAUGUCCCACGUACUUUAUGUGUGUGUGUGUGCGCGUGUGUGUGUGUGUGUGCGUGUGUGUGUGUGCGUGUGCCGCAAAGAUGGAAUAUAAUGUGUAUAUACGGAAGGUGACGUGGCUGAGGAGCUGAAUGACGUGUUGGUGAGAUGCCGAGUGCUCUGAAAGUUGGGUGUGCACGCAGGUGGUGUCUGUGUGUGUGUGUGUGUGUGUGUGUGUGUGUGUGUGUGUGUGUGUGUGUGUGAGAGAGAGUCAGUGAGUGAGUGAGAGAGAUUAAUGCACACAUUUGCCACACAGAUGGUUUGUGGCCGUGACGGAACGGCCCUGCGAGGCCAGAGGAGUGAGAAUGGACCUUCCGGCGGCCUCGGGCCGGCUGGGCAGAGGGAGGGUCUCCUAACUGUGUCGCUGAAGCCCCCCCCGUAGGGCUUUGGCCCAUCCGGGCUUCUCCACAGACUCUUUAAGCACCAUCAUCUCAAAGCUCGGACUACUUCUUUGCUCUGGAGGUCGUGUGAUCAGCAGCCACACCGAAGGUCUCCCUGCAAUCAAAAGACAGUCGCUAAACUUUUAGAAAUGUCCCGAUAGCUGAUGUUCACACAUGUCGUCAGUUCACCCAAAUUGCAAUAUUUACCUCUAAUGGCGUCUAACUGUAAAUCCAAUUGCAUUUGAGGUGGUUUUGCGACCGUGGAGUCAGUUCUCAAUUAAAUAAGCUGCAUCUGUUGAACAAAUUCUUAAUAAGUCAUCGGAUGUAAUAUAUCACAAUAUAAUGAAAUAUGGCCACCAUGUUGUUUAAGAGACCAAAGCCACAUAUUCUUAUCAUUUCUUUCGUCCAAAACCCAGAAAUGACUGGAAAGUCUACAACUUUGGAAUUUUGGUGAACUGACCCUCUAAAAUCCUGUGAACUGAGACAGUUUUUUUUUUUUUUUAAAGCACUUCUUUCUUCUUCCUCUCUCACAGUGAGGAGAGUUUGUUAUUCACAUUUGAACCGUCAGCACUAUCAGCGAUGUGUAGGAAAGGCUUUAAAACAUCUCAUCAGCUGAUGUUAUUGAGGAGGCCUCAUGUGUUGUGACCCCACAUGAGUGUGACCCCCACUCGUUAGUUUCAUGUUGUUGUUUUUUACCCAGCAGGCACUGGGAGCUGAACACUCACUCACUUUUCAGCCUCUCGGUGGAAGUCACUUGCACAGUUGGAAUGUGACGCGUUUAACUUCCACGUUUAAAUACCGAGAAAAAGAUUCUCAUUUGAGUUAAUGUAAUAUAAAAAAUUAAAAAAAUCAAUUGAAGGCAGCGGGGGGGCUUUGACCUCUGCUGUGAUCACCGCUGUGAAAACAGAAAGGGCUCCCACAUGAAACGCGUCCGAGAAGCUUCACUGAGACGCCCACUCGGCCCGGCACCCAUUCAACGAAUGCAACUCCUCGCACGCACACACACAUUCUUUUGUAAGAUAAGUGAAUAAAAUAAUAUAUUCAGAUACCUAUAUAGCAUUUAAGAAAAAUGUAUAGAAUCCUUGAAUAGUGGCUCACUUAAUUAGUCACAAAAGAGUUUCUUUUUUUAUUUCUUUUUCUCAUGUUACAACUGCAAAACAAAAAAGAUAUAUUUUGCGACCUGUUGAUGAUGCAGGUGUUUUUCCUUUUUCUUUUUAAAAUAGUGACGCAGGGUGUCCUGUUCUGAUGCUGCAGUGGUUUUCCCUUUUUAAAUGCAUUAAUUUAUUAAAGUUGUGUUGGUGAAUUGUUGUUUAAAAUCCAGACAAUUCAAAUGCCGCAGGAUAAUCAGUGUUUGUUGAGAUGAGGCACGAGAGAUGGUUUUGAUCCGUUGCUGCGGCGACACUCCUCGCUUCUGUUUUAAAUCAGCCAAUAGAAGAAGGAUUUGUUUCCAUUUAAGGAGGAGGUUUAGUCAGGGGUGUCAUCCAGCACCAUGUGACCUCGGAUGAGGCCGUGUCCGAUCGAGUGCGUCUGUAGCCGCAGAGAGAGGAGGAGUCUAUGCACUUAAGAGAGCAGUGGUCCAAAACAAAUCCCCCCCCACCCCCCACAACCAACUCCAUACAGACUCGUCUACAAACACUACCUCUGCUUUUUACACACACACAGAUUCCUUCUGAGCUUCUAGUAGCUGAGUGACUUUCCACAUUUAUCGCCUUUUGUUUUCAUUCAUUAUUUUUUUUUCUCCCCCUCGGUCAGCUGGAGAUCCAAACCGGUACAGCGCACACAGUGGCAGACUUUCAUUUUAAUAUUGAUCUUAUUGAGGCUGCCAAUCUUUUGUCCUUUCUUCGUCAUCGGCUUGUCAGGUCAGCAGAGCUUAUCGUAUCUAUUUACAAAAACACCUGGGCAUCAUUUCUAGGUACUACUGCAUUGAAUGGGCAGGAAACGUAACCUUUGGUCCCCAAAAGAAAACUAAACAUUCUGGUUGAGGAGUUUCAGUUUAUUGAACUUCACAAUGGUGAUUUAAAGAUGGCUUUUUAUUCCAUCAUCAUCAAAUGGAAUCUUAAUUUGGCUAUAAUGAGAUGCGUAAUGUCCCCCAGAGCCAAAGCCUUGACAGAUGGCAGCAUGAAUCCUGACUCAGCAUUUCCAUCACAGGCAUGUGGGCCGUCAAGCUCGUCUUGUUCAACAACCCAUGAAUGUGAAUUGUCUUAAAAUACAAGUUAUUUUGUUUUUUUUUGCACAUGUCAUUAAGAAGACACUGCCACAGAGUGCAUCGACAAUAAAGCUGAACCUGAAAGUGUGCCGUGUUUCUCCGUGUCGUGACGAGCGUCGCGGUUGGGUUUUUGUACGUCCCUCGGGUCACGUGGUAAACGGGUCGUCAUCGCAACGCACAAUUACCAGUACGAUCCUUCGCUGUGCUUUCUUUUCUUCUCUUUUUUCCUGCCAAGGACUUCCCUCGGUCUGCAUUUAUCUUCACUCGUGUCGACGUGCUCCAUCGGAGGCGUCGCUGCGACGGCCCGGUAGUCAUUGGUGUGUGUGUGUGCGUCUCUCAAAGGGAUCACUCGUGCUUUUGUUUAAUCCCCCCUCCUUCUGUUUGAUGAGCACUUUGAACCUUCUCACGUCUGUCAGGAGUGUGUAGCUGUACACAGCAUUUCCUGUAACAAGUGUUCAGUCUGAAUAUUUUGUUUUUGUUGGAUUUACUUUAAAGAGCAUUACGUUGUUGUAGAGUUUAAAGGAAAAAUAAACCAGAUAAAUCUA